UCCCUCCUCUUUUGGGUGGCUGCUGUUUUGCACCAUUCACAAGAGCCAGAGGCAGGGAAGCAGCGACGGCCCAUCAAGCGACGGGGUUGUAUGUGUGUGUGUGGCUUUUUUUUUUUUGGUUUUGGCAUGGGAAGCAGCUGCAGGAUCUAGCUGGAGAGACUGCUUCUGCAGCCAAGUUUCUGCUCUGGGAACGCGCUUCUUGGCAAGCGCUCCUUGCCCGGCUCCGGUCUGCUUCUGAACCGAGGCGCGCUCCCAACGCAACCGCAACCACGUUAACUUCACAGAGGUCCGGGGUCUCCUGCGGAGCCAGGAGCCGAACUGGUCGGAUCAUGGAGCUGUUGUCUACCCCACACAGCAUUGAGAUCAACAACAUCACAUGUGACUCAUUCCGGAUCUCCUGGGCCAUGGAUGUUGGAGACCUGGACAGAGUCACCCACUACUUCAUUGACCUAAAUAAGAAGGAGAACAAGAACUCCAAUAAAUUCAAACACAGGGAUGUUCCUACCAAGCUGGUAGCCAAGGCAGUUGCCCUGCCCAUGACUGUAAGGGGCCACUGGUUUCUAAGUCCCAGGACUGAGUACAGCGUAGCAGUGCAGACAGCGGUGAAGCAGAGUGAUGGGGAGUACCUUGUGUCUGGAUGGAGUGAAACCGUCGAAUUUUGUACUGGGGAUUAUGCUAAGGAGCAUUUGGCCCAGCUGCAAGAAAAAGCUGAACUCAUUGCAGGAAGGAUGCUCAGAUUCUCUGUCUUCUAUCGGAAUCACACCAAGGAAUAUUUUCAGCAUGUCCGAAUGCACUGUGGAAACAUUAUGAAGCCAUACCUGAAGGACAACAGUGGCAGUCACGGCUCACCCACCAGCGGCAUGCUGCAUGGCAUCUUUUUCAGCUGCAACACCGAAUUCAACACAGGCCAGCCUCCACAGGACUCACCUUAUGGCCGCUACCGCUUCCAGGUCCCCGCCCAGCGGCUUUUUGGCCCCAACACCAACCUCUACUUUGCGGACUUCUACUGCAUGUACACCGCCUAUCACUACGUCAUCCUGGUUCUGGCACCCAAAGGCUCUCCAGGAGACCAUUUCUGCCGGGAGCGUCUGCCGGAGUUAGACAUUUCCUGCAACAAGUUCCUGACCUGCUCCGUGGAGGACGGUGAGCUCAUCUAUCGUCAUGCCCAGGACGUCAUCUUGGAGAUAAUCUACACUGAGCCGGUUGAUCUCAGCCUAGGAGUUCUGGGAGAAAUCAGUGGCCAUCAGCUUAUGAGCCUUUCAACUGCUGAUGCUAAGAAGGACCCCAGCUGCAAGACGUGCAACAUCAGCGUGGGGCGCUAGAGACUAGGGAGGGGUGGGGAGGGAAGGGAAGGGAGACAACACAAAGCUGGCACAGAAGACAGCUUCAUUAACCUAAGACCCUUGGCAAUGGAUAUAUGGCCAUCUGGGAACUGGUUCCAGUUAAGGACCAGUACUGGAGAAGCAGGCCGUUCAUUGCAUCCCACUGAAUUCCUCCAUCUCUCUCUCUCUUGCAUGUUUCUUCAGCCAUUGUAAAUAAGACCUUAACCAGUGAGAGAGAUCGGGGAAACUUUGUAAGGGUAAGGCAAUUGGCCUGAUCCUCCAGUAAGAUAAACAAAACCUGCCAAUGGGUCAGGCAUGAGAAGAACCAGCCCUAGAUUUCCUGGGCUGCCUAUACAAAGAAAGACCUCUGGCUUUCUGUCCCACCAUGGACCCCCUUCCUCAUUUAGAUCCAAAUGGACAUUUCAUUUUGCACACAUAGCAAAUAUCAGGAAGCUCUGGCCAGUGUGAUAGAAUUUCAGCUUCCUAAAUAGGACUUUUCUACUUCUUGCCCUAUCCUCUCGGCCUUUUCUUUUUUCCAACCACAGACUCUCAGUGUUCCUUGGACCCAGUUGUCCUUUCCCCUUCAUGUACAGCAUUCUCUGCUCACCCAGGUAUUGUCUGGAAGGGUGGGAGGGGCAGAACCUCCCAUCCUCCCAGGAAGACCCUGGCCUCAAAAGCUCAGCUGGCAUGGAGACACCUUAACCAGGUUGCUUGACAUGCUGAGUGACUGUGUGGUCUGCACUGAAAAAAAGCUGCAAAUGGGAGCUUCACAUUUGUGCUAUGCUGGGGGGAACCUCCUAACAGAGGAGGAAGGUCAAGAGGAAAAAAAGAGCAGAUGGAUGUCCAAGGAGAUUUAGUUCCUUCUCGGUUCCUAAAGGUGUGACAGCCUGUUGCUUCAUAUCCUUUAUUUAUUUUGUUCAAAUAAAAGAGGAGGAAGAGGGGGAGAGCCACAGGUUCCAACAGGCCUAUUGGCACUCUAGAAAAGUGCUGGAAUGCUGGUGGGUGGCAGCUGACAGAUGUACCAUCUGUUUGGACUGCCCAGCCUUGCCUGGGCUGCCAGAGAAUCCGACUUGCCCACAGUGGCCUAUGCUGCAUGUCUGCCUGUGACCUCCUCUUGGGGAUGGAGGGGAGAAGGGAUUCCACCCCAUAUCCUUGAUCCUGGGAAACAGAGAGCUGAAACAUAGCGACAAAACAUAAUGU